CCCAAAAAAUAAAACAUAGAAAAUCUCUCACCCCUCUUUCUCUCAGUAUCUCAUUUCUUCAACAUCGUACAAAAAACCAGAGGAAAACAGAGCAAUGGGUACCCGAACCCGUUCCCGAAAAUUUUGUUCUCCCCUUUUCAUUUUCUUCACCCUUUUGCUUCUCAACACCCCAAGUGGCGAUGCCAUUACCAACCCCAUCAAAACCGUCGUCGUUUUGGUCAUGGAGAACCGUUCCUUCGACCACAUGUUGGGGUGGAUGAAGAAGCUCAACCCGGACAUCAACGGCGUAAACGGGUCGGAGUCCAACCUGUUAUCCGUAACCGACCCGAGUUCCAAGCGGCUCUUUUUCAAAAACCAGGCACAAUACGUGGACCCGGACCCGGGUCACUCGUUCCAGGCCAUCCGUGAGCAGAUAUUCGGGUCGACUGACACCUCGGCUGACCCGGCUCCGAUGAACGGGUUCGCCCAACAAGCUUACUCCAUGGACAAUACCACCAACAUGUCUGAGGAUGUUAUGAAUGGUUUUGAACCUGACAUGGUUGCUGUUUACAAGACACUUGUGUCUGAAUUUGCUGUGUUUGAUAGGUGGUUUGCUUCGAUGCCGGCCUCCACGCAGCCCAAUCGGCUUUACGUGCACUCGGCGACUUCCCACGGCGCCACCAGCAAUGUGGCGUCGCUGCUGGUCCAGGGCUACCCUCAACAAACAAUCUUUGACAAUCUCUACGACGCCGGAAUCGACUUUGGAAUAUACUGGCAGAAUAUUCCGGCGACAUUAUUCUAUAGGAAUCUAAGGAAGCUCAAGUACGUGUCCAAGUUCCACGAAUACGACCUGUCGUUUAAGCAGGAUGCAAAGAAAGGGAAAUUGCCGGGUUAUGUUGUGGUGGAGCAGCGGUACAUGGACACUAAGUUGCUCCCAGCCAAUGACGAUCACCCUUCGCAUGACGUGUACCAGGGACAGAUGUUCGUGAAGGAGGUGUACGAAACGCUGAGGGCGAGCCCGCAGUGGAACGAAACCCUGUUCUUGAUCACAUACGAUGAGCAUGGUGGGUUUUAUGAUCACGUGCCUACGCCGGUGCGUGGGGUUCCAAGCCCUGAUGGGAUUGUGGGGCCAGAGCCAUUUAACUUCACGUUUAAUAGGUUGGGAGUUAGAGUUCCUACUAUUGCUAUCUCACCAUGGAUUGAUAAGGGCACAGUUGUUCAUGGGCCAAACGGGUCACCAACUUCUACAUCAGAAUAUGAACACUCAUCCAUUCCCGCAACAGUAAAAAAGAUCUUCAAUUUGCCUUCAUUUCUGACCAAGAGAGAUGCAUGGGCUGGAACCUUUGAGGGCAUUCUCCAGACCAGGACAGAACCAAGGACUGAUUGCCCAGAGCAACUUCCAACCCCUGUAAAGAUCAGGAAGGGUGAGGCUAAGGAAGAUGCCAAGAUGAGUGAAUUUCAGCAGGAGAUGAUCCAACUUGCAGCAGUGCUUAAAGGAGAUAAUAUCUUCACUAGUUACCCAGAUACAAUAGGGAAGGACAUGACUGUUAAGCAAGGGAAAUAUUACAUGGAAGAAGCAGUUACAAGGUUCUUUGAAGCAGGUCGUUAUGCAAUGAAAAUGGGAGUGAGUGAAGAACAUAUUGUUCAGAUGAAACCUUCUUUGACUACAAGGUCAUCCAAAUCUGCAAACACAAAACCAUAGAAAAAGUAAAUGUAGCAUGAGGGAAGUAAGAAUUGAAAAUUAUCAUUCUAAUAGAAAUAUUUAUACAGAACUAAAACAAACUGCUUUCAAUAGAAAAUAUUGGCUUAUGGUGUAUCCUUGGCAUUUCAUUAAUUU